GAUAUUUCCAAGUUAGUUGUGUAGAAUUAAUAGUAGUACUAUAAAGAUCAAGGUCAAGGUCAACACUUAAUUUACUUUUUUUUUUUUUUGCUUACAUAUAGGGUUUGUCCUUGGAAGUUCUUCCUUUCUUUUCCUCACACUUUCUUGUCAAAUCCCAUUACUUAAAGCCUCUUCCAACAUUUUCAUCUCAAACAAUCAUUCCUAAAAAUACAAUACCAUACUUUUUUUAUUUUUAUAUUUCCUAAAGAAAAAAAUUCUAAUAGAUAUGGAAGGAAAACAACAAGCAUGCAAAUUAGAAAUCACCAUUAUUUCUGGACAAAACAUAAGUGUGGAUGGAAAUUCUAAGACUGAGAGUGAAGAACUAUUUGUUGUCGUUCGUGCCGAGUCUCUCAACUCUUGCACGACGAAAAUGGUGAAGGAAAAUGAAGGUUUACUUUCAUGGAAUGAAAAAUUCAUGUUAGAUAUUCCCCUACCAGCGAAUUCAGUGACAUUUGAAGUACAAUGUUUGAAGUACAAAGGGAUUCGUCCCAUUGGAGUGGCUAGGGUAGCUCUUUCUGAUCUUCUUGAUGACAAUGUUUUGUUACGAAGUUGUGAUCAAACUUUGAGUUAUGGGUUGAGAGAUUGGGAUGGUAGAAAAAAUGGUGUUAUUAAUUUUUCUGUAAGGAGGGUGACACAAGAGGAUAAUUUGUGUUUGGAAAAAGAACAAGGUAAGGACAUGAGAAUGGUGAGUUCAAGUAGAUUUGAGGAUGUGGGGUUUAAGGUGCAGAUAAGAAAAAUUCAAGCCAUGUUGUCAUUGAGAUUUCAAUUUUUGGUGUCUUGUUUCUCUUAGGAUAUUUUCUUUUUCUCUUAUAUUUCUUCGGUUAUAAUGAGUUGAAAUAUAUUACACUCUUUAAUGUGAUUUCUUUGCCAUUCAAAAUAUAUAUAAAAAAAAAACAGGUAAAAAUUGAUAUUUUGUUUUUCA